GCAGGCGCUGGUGUACAAGUAAGACCCGCGCAUUUGUGUCUCUAGCAUUCGGUGUUUAUGUCGAGUUGAGUGCGGUUUGCGAGUGCCUGCUUUCACAGUAUUCUGUUGCGUGAGACCGCGAGACGGUUCCCUACCAAGGACCCGAGAUAUCUGUACUGAAUUGCGUGUGAAACAGAAUUUACGAAACAUGGGCGGCAUCCAGCAACAACCGUGGACCCCAACUAAGAGACGAGGACCAAUCGCAGCUGAAUAUUCCAGUCCAGGUCCGGCUUGCGUCACACUGCCAAAUCUUAUAGGAGUUUCAACAGUUCCUGACUCAAAACGUGGGCGCGCACCGGCAUUCAGUUUUGGAAGCAGGCAUGGGAACAAGAAUGAUAGUCCUGGACCAGGACCUGGCCAAUACAAUGUCACUGGGCUUAGUGCAAAAGGCAAGGACUGCCCUCCAGCUGCUACGCUCCACAGCCGACCAAAGGACGUGAGAGCUGAUCUUACACCUGCACCAGGUGACUAUAAUCCUGAGAAGUCUGAGAAGGUUGUCCAUGACAAUUCUCCCAAAUACACAUUUGGUCUCAAGACCCAGGUAGAGAAGCCAAGUCAAACGCCAGCACCAAAUGUUUACAACAUCCCAACUAUUCUUGGACAAACAAAAGAGGGUAACAAGAAACAGGCCCCUGCAUUUACAAUUUCUGGGAGGCAAAAAGAACCAUUAGAUGACCGUGUUCUGACUCCAGGACCUGGAACAUACAACAAUGCCAAGGCGGACAACUACAAAGCAAAGGCUCCAGCGUACUCUAUCAGUUCCCGCUACCAGAUGCCUUCUGAUACAACACUGAAACCAGGCCCAGGUGCACAUUCCCCAGAGAAGGCAAAGAUGGAUGCCCUCCCAGCACAUACAUUCGGAAUCAAGCAUUCACCCCACAUUGGCUACCUCAAGGACUGUAUGUGGUAGAAGGGAAGUAAGCAGCCAGAAUGGGUGGACUACUACCAGCUGCUGGUGCAUUGUUCCAUCACCUUAUGAUAUGAAAAUAUUUCUCUCUCUGUCUCAAUCAUUCACAUGUGCCUCUCUAAUAACUAUAGAAUAUAUACUUUUAAUAUAUUGUGAUUUCAAUUAGACAAUGCUAGAAAUGUUGCACACUACUAAAAUUCAAACAAGAGAAAAUGAACGACUGAUAUUAGUUAUUUCUGAAUGUCGUGCUCAGAAGAAUAAGUUUGUACAUCAACAACCUUCACUAAACAAAAAUAAAAAGAGUAGUUACUAACGUUAUUUUUCUGUUGUGUUCAGUUAAGUUAUAUGAAUUAUAUUAAAGCCAUGAGUAUUUUUAA